AUGGUUUAUAUCGCUUCUUGGGACGAAUUCGUGGAUCGAUCUGUUCAGCUUUUCCGAGCUGAUCCCGAAUCUACUCGGUAUGUGAUGAAGUAUAGACAUUGUGACGGCAAGUUGGUUCUCAAGGUUACUGAUAACAAAGAGUGUCUCAAGUUCAAGACCGACCAAGCACAAGAAGCAAAGAAGAUGGAGAAACUAAAUAACAUAUUUUUCACCCUCAUGGCCAGAGGACCUGAUGUUGAUCUCUCUGAAGUCACAGGGAAAGAACAGAUGGAGACACAGCCUGUGAAAAAAGGAAGAGGAAGGAAGCAAUAA